GCCUACAAACUGAUGAUGGAGACGGGGAGCAGCGGCCUCGCAAUGCAGCCCAUCCGGAGGCGGAAAUAAGGCGGAUUCAACCGAAGACAAACACUGGACGGACGGAAAGAGUAGUGGACAACUUUCAGAUGGGGACAAGGCCGAUCAUCUCCACUCCUGGCCCGGGAAGCGAUGCCUCUCCGCGGUCACUCGCCAGGGAGCGGCGGGCUGUGUCGCUCCGGUCCGGGGCUUCCCUAGUUUGGCAGAGCGCCUGUGAUUGGAGCGCCGUGGAGGUAAUUUAGGGUAAAUGUUUCCUAAGCCAUAAUUUUAAAAAGAGAAAAACACACAUAAUGGAGCUGAAUCCUGAGGAAAUCGUCCACCUUUCACAGGGUGGAGCUGCGGGUUAAUAAAUGAUGAGGCAUUCCGCUAAUUGAGGCUGUAGAUGUUCAUGUCCGACAGGAACUCCAGCAGUCCGAUGUUGUGCCUCAACAAUGGCACAGGUGCUUAUUUACCGGCUGGAGAUGCUGACGGCCGCGUUCAGCCCCGGCUGUAGCACCAAAUACCCCGACAGUUGGCUGUUUAUGCGAUCCGACGCGCCUCUGCUGCCAGUGGGCUGAUUCGGUUCUCAUCGGGUUCUAGAGAACUGCGGGGCCUUUGUGUUUCUGUGAAAUAUGCCCGGGCCUCGUCCAGAACAAAGUGAUGGAGAGCAGAUGUUGUGAGCGCACAGCGGGGAAACCUUUCUGCAAUUAAGGCGCAGCAGCAGGGAGAGCCAUCAUGUCCAAAGUGGUCAGCAGCAAGGAGAAGAAAUCCUUCAGCAAGAAGCUGUUCCGGAGGAGCUCGGUCCGAUCCGUGGGGAGCUUCAUGAACAGAGUCCUCCGGACCCUGUCCACUCUCUCCCACUUCGGAACCGACGAGCAGGCCGCCGACGACGAGAAGGACGAGGCGGCUUUGAUACCGAGCACCACCGGAGGCUCCGUCCAGUCCGACGACAGCGACUGCGGGGGUUUCCCCUUCGGGGACAAGGUGCCCGGUGUCGCCGGGCUCAAGAACCACGGCAACACCUGCUUCAUGAACGCCAUCCUGCAGUGCCUGAGCAACACGGAGCUGUUCGCGGAGUACCUGGCUCUGAAGCAGUUCCGGGGGGGAGAGGCGAGCAGCGGCAGCAGCGAGAAGGCGAAGCCCAACGGGGCGCCGCUGGUCCAGAAGAAGGGGAGCAGCCAGCCGCAGGAGGCGGGAGAGGUGACGGAACAGCUGUCCGGGCUGGUCCGGGCUCUCUGGACCUUCGAGUACACACCGCAGCACAGCAGGGACUUCAAGAACGUCGUGUCGAAGAGCGCCCUGCAGUUCAGAGGGAACUCCCAACACGACGCCCAGGAGUUCCUCCUCUGGCUGCUCGACAGAGUCCAUGAAGACCUCAACCAGAUCAUCCACCCGGACAGCAGACCCCCCAGCAAGCCUCCAGUAGAGGAAGAAGCGGUUCCUGAAGGAUCUCCGCUGCCAGCGCCUGGAUCUUUUGUUCAGGAACUGUUUCAGGCUCAAUACAGGUCUUCCCUGACUUGUCCUCACUGCCAGAAACAGAGCAACACGUUCGAUCCUUUCCUCUGCAUCUCACUGCCAAUCCCAGUACCUCACACCCGGCCUCUGUACGUGACGGUGGUGUACCAAGGGAAGUGUUCUCACUGCAUGCGGGUUGGGGUGGCCGUGCCGCUGUCGGGCACCGUGUCCAGGCUGCGGCAAGCUGUGGCUCAGGAGACCAAGAUCCCUGCCCAACAGAUCGUCCUCACUGAGAUGUACUUCGAUGGCUUUCACCGCUCCUUCUGCGACGACGACGAAGACCUGGAGAUCAUUCAGGAGAGCGACUCCAUCUUCGCUUUCGAGACGCCUGAGCUGUUCAGGCCGGAGCAGAUCCGGUCCAAACGGGGCGGGACCAUAUCAGGGAGCCCACAUGCAAACCUCAAUCAGAACAACCUGAAGUACGCAACCGACAACAACAGGAUCUCCGGUCAGAUCCCAGAGCCCAGCACGCCGCCUCAGAGCCCCAACAAGAACAGCGACCAGGCGGAGAAGAUUGUGCUUCUGGUGUGCAACCGGGCCUGCGCCGGACAGCAGGGGCGCAGGUUUGGGAAUCCCUUUAUCCUCUACUUGGAGCGCACAGUGACAUGGGACACGCUGCAGACAGAAAUUCUGGAGAAGAUGCGGCAUCUUUUGCGUCCUGGAGCCAUUGUUCAAGUGGGGCCCUUCACUUUGCGUGUGGUGGGAGUGGUGGGAAUCACAUACCUCCUGCCUCAAGAGGAGCAGCCGCUCUGCCAUCCCUCUGUGGAGAGGGCUUUCAAGUCCUGCGGCCCAGGUGGUCCACCUCAUGUCAAGAUUGUUGUCGAAUGGGACAAGGAGACAAAAGACUAUCUGUUCAAGAGGACGGAGGACGAGUACAUCCCGGAUGCGGAGAGCGUGCGUCAGGCGAAGGAGCAGCAUCUGCAGCCGCAGACCUGUUCGCUGGCCCAGUGCUUACAGUUGUACACCAAAGAGGAGCAGCUUGCCCCGGAUGAUGCGUGGAGAUGUCCACACUGCAAGCAGCUCCAGCAGGGCAGCAUCAAGCUGAGCCUGUGGACGCUGCCAGACAUCCUCAUACUUCACCUGAAGCGCUUCAGACAGGAUGGAGAUCGGCGCGUGAAGAUGCAGAACAUGGUGAAGUUCCCUCUCACAGGCAUGGACAUGGCGCCGCACAUGGUGAAGAGGAGCCAGAGCAGCUGGAGUCUCCCGUCCCACUGGUCGCCGUGGAGACGGCCCUACGGCAUGGGCCGGGACCCUGAGGACUACCUGUACGACCUGUAUGCCGUGUGCAACCAUCACGGCACCAUGCAGGGGGGGCACUACACAGCUUACUGUAAGAACUCCAUCGACGGCCAGUGGUACUGCUUCGACGACAGUGACGUUCAUCCCAUUUCUGAAGACGAUGUGUGCAAACAGACGGGUUACAUCCUGUUUUAUCAAAGACGAGCAACCAUCCCGUCCUGGUCUGCCAACAGCUCAGUUGGAGGCUCCACCAGCUCCUCUCUGUGUGAGCACUGGAUCAGUCGGCUGAUGGGAAGCCGUCCUCCCAGCCAGGCCUCGUCUGGCUCCUCAAGACGCACCUCUCUGGCGUCUCUGUCCGAGUCCGCCGAAUUCGCCGGGGAACGGAGCGAGGACGACGGCCUUUCGACCCGACCAGCCGUCAGAGGCAUGCAGAGGCAAACAUUCACGUCACGAUCGUCUAUUGCCAGCCCUCUUGUUCUGAGUGAAAAUGGCACAAAGCCAUCCUGGUCUCACUCAGCCAAGCUCCAGCUCCGCUCCAACUCUCCCUCACGUUUCUCCCUGGAGUCUCAUUCCUCUCCGACUCUGGAGCGGAUUGGAGAGGUGGUUGAUAUCCAGCCGACAGCCCCGAGUUUCACCGGUUCACCUAAACCAGAGAAAAUGCCUGGAGGGAAAUCGGCCCUCGCUGCUUUGGACACUAAUGUGGGAACUAAGCGGCUAAUAGAGCAGGGGCGCUUCAAGUCUGUGGUACAGGCAGAGCAGAGGAGCUUGAACCCAACAGGGGAAAACAAUAACGCGGAGCAGGUUAGUCCUCGACAUGGAAUAGACCCAAAGGAGGUGAAGCAAAGAAACGGGAGUGCAGAAAGUGUUGGCAUCAAAAGGACCUCAGGCAAGACCGGGUUGGACGGUGAAAGAAGUCCCAGGAAACGGCCUCCCACUUCCUCAACGUCCUCCAGCUUCCUUUCCCCUGCGUCUCCAGCCAUCGACAAGUCGCCGUCUCGAAUGCAGUCCAAGAGCGCAGCAUCUGCGUCGAACCCCAAGGACAAAAGCUCUGCACCGCCUAAAACAAGCAAGGGAGGUUCCUCAAGAACAGCGACGCCUUCCAAGAAAACAUCUUCCCAGACCACAGAGUCAUUACAUCCUGAAGCGCAGCAGAGGAAGAGCGGCUCUCCGCAGACUUCACAGCCCCAAAAGAGGGCGUCAAAUAGAGAGGGGAGCGAGAAAACCUCAGCUGGGGAAAGGACUAGAGCAGCAGACAGGAGCACUAGUCGGGAGUCUUCGCGGGCGAGCGCCGUGUCGGAUCGGAAGGUCAGCCAUGGGGGGGCUUCCUCCAGGCUGAGUGCGGUGAGUCGAGCUGAAGGCAGGUCAGGUAGAGCUGUGGAGGAGAGGCCAGCGGGCCGGAGCUCCAGCAGCAGCUCCUCUAUGACUAGUCUCCGAUCCUCAAGUGUUGGUGUUUCCUCCACCAGUUCAGCUCCGUCAUCAAGGGGACUGCGAGGGACCAGCAAGACGGAAGACAAAGGUCUGUCCUUCUUCAAAACCGCUCUGAGGCCCAAGGAGAACCGCAAACCAGGUGAGAGCGGGAAAUCGGACGCAAAAGCAAUCCCAGAAGAAAGUGGCGGGGACACAACCCAGCGUGCAGCAAGCAAGAAAGUUCAGAAUGCGGGUUCAGAACUGCACAGUUCAGCCAAAGAUAAGGAAUCCUCUAAAGUAUCCGGUGCAGCUAAAAACUCUCUGCUGCCCUCUGCAAAAUCCAAGCUCCCCGAAGCACAAACCUCGUCUCCAGCCGCCAUGAAGGACCCGGCGAAGAAAGAGCCGAAUAAAAAGACACUGCAGUCCAGGAAGAUCCCAAUCAAUUCCUCACAAACUAGCCAGAGGUCCAAGUGAUUCCUUAAAAGUCUGAUAAGAAUCUUUCUGGUGCAGCUUUGAGGAGUUUUUCUUUCCUUGCCCUUCGACAAACAUCUUUUAAAACUUUUCAGCGCUCACUGAAUACCAGCUGCCGUAGAGGAUGCGUACCUGAAAAUUUAUUUAGGAAUGGAUUUUAAACUAAAGCACUUUGUAUGGAUUGCAAUGAUUUUAAAUAAUGUUAUAGUGUAUUGUAAAUAUGCAUGGACAUGUAUGGAAAUGAUUGCCUUGUUCUGUCUGUAGCACUGUUGGAAGUGAAAAGUGACUUUGCACACGAUGGGAAGCAGACACAACGGCCGAGACAUGUUCGCCACCAAAGGAGGUUUAUGGAGAUUUUCAACAUGCUGACGCAGUGAAUAAUUUUCUGAAAUCACUUUGUACUGCUCUCCUUCAGUAUCGAGAGCCAUACAUCAACAACAGACAUCAGUGCCUCAGAUAAUCAGUAGAAAUAUUUACCCAAAAACGUUUAACUUGCAGAAAUUUGUAAUUGAAUAUAUUAAUAUAACAGCACUGAACCUGUAAUUUUAAGUAAAAACACAACCAAGCCUAUUUAACCUGAACUACUGUUUACAUAUGCUCUGCAGCAGCCUUUAAGAUGCGUUUUAUUUUUCCGUCCAGCCAAAAAUCGUUGGGAGGCCGAGAAGAGGCGCCACAGACGUUGACCAAUCAGAAAGCUGGGUUUGCAGCGGCUCUUAGUGCUUUGUUUACAGGUGGUAACCAGUAAGUAGGGCUGGGCGAUACAGCUUAAAAAUACCCAAUUAUUUUAAUUCCAGAUACAAUUUCCAUAAAAUUUAAAAAGAGACAGAAAACAUUUUCAUAAAGUGGCUUUUAUUUCAGUCAUCCCUUCUAUGAGUUGUACGACGGCAAAUUAGAGCGAGUCUGAGAAUUUUUGCUUAAUCAUGAGAAUAUAGUCAUAAUAUUAGAAAUAUAAAGAAGCAAUUUUGCUAGAAGAACAUCAAAAAUAUGAGAAAAAGUUGUUUUAAUAAGAAAAAAAACCUUUUUUUUCCCAUACUGGAUGUGAUUUUAAUGGAUUUUUUUUCUCGCUUUAUUUUCUAAAAAAGACAGAAAACAUUUUCAAAAAUUGCUUUUUAUUUCAGUAAUCCCUUCUGUGAAUUUUACGACAGAGUAUUAGGAACAGGCUGCAAAAGUUUUGUUUAAUUACAAAAACAAUAUUAACAAUAUAAAGAAGCAAUUUUGCUAGAAAAACGUCUUAAAAAUCUGAGAAAAAAGUUGUUACAGUAAGAAAAAGCUUAGAAUGUUUUUUGUGUUGGAGUUCUCAUAAAAUUACAAUAUUGUAAUAUUAUGACUUUAUUCUGGUAAUGAAAAGAGAAAAAGAAAAUCUGAGCCUGGCCGUUAUAUUUUAUCUUAGACUUGACGAUAAAUUCAAAGUCCAAAUAAAUAGAAGUCGUCAAACAAAAUGGCCGCUAACAUUACUCUUAACGAUGGAUUCCCAAGGAAGGCAUUGGUGGGAAAAAACAUAGAUUUUCCAAAAAUUAAAUCCUCUAAAAACCUAAAACUUGAUGAACGGACAGAAUGUAUUCAUCGCCCAGCUCUACCUGUUUCUGCUCAGACAUCUCAUCUGUUUCCACCUCUGCUGGCUGCUGAAACUGACCUGAGAUGCCCAUGAUUGACAUGAGCAUCCGCCUUUACAAACUGCCAGACAUCUCCGAACAUUCCUCUCAGAUCAACACAGGGUUAAUGUAAAGAACAACCACAAAAAAAAAAAAUCAACACCACCUCACGCGACAGAACAACACAUCCAAAGACAGCUGGGACGUCUCUGCUGAACACCAUAACUGUACAUAGAGCGAGCGCUAUGGUGUGUUUUAGUCAGCACAUCCUCUGUCUUCAUCACAGCUUGUGCACAUUUUUAGCUUGAGAGUAGCUCAGAACCACCAUGUUAACAGAGAAGAGUUCAUAGUUCUCCAAGUGUAUGGCAGUUGUUGCAUGACCUAUUGCUUAUGCAUGCACCCAACUAUGCAAGCAGAUUCACUGAGUAUGUAGAAGUGCUACUCUUGGAUGUGUAUUUUACUUUGUAAAUGUAGAGUUCUGAGAGCAUGUGAAGGCAUCCUCUAUUAAAGCUUUGUUUGCACAUUCCUCCAAAGUAAAACACGUUUUUGUAUGAAUGAUAAGUAUUGCUCAUUCGCCCUCUCAAAGUAAAUCGGCUCACAUGCAAAUGAA